AUGGAUAACAGCAACAAAAGAUACUCUCAUGACAGUGCCUGUGAUUCUGUCGCUGGUGAUGAAUCAAACAAUAUACCAUAUUUCAAAGCCAGAGAUGAUGCCUCCAUCUACUCUAUGAAUUCAACAACAAGCUCCAUGUUUAGCACAUCGAGUCGAUUGAGCAAAAUACCCAACGCUGUGAAAUCCUCCAUGAAAUAUCUGGUCAGACGCAACAAGAAUAAGUCCAACGAGACAACAUCUACAUCCACUGCGACAACGGAUCAUGAAACCUUUUCAUCUAAAUUAAAGAGGACAACGAUCAAUUUCAGCCUGUUUUCACGUAAAUCACCCGACGUAAUACCCACAUCCACCGCAAGCUCUACUUUGUUUCAUCAAAAACCACGAUCCAGAGAGGCAAGCGACACACACAAGAAAUCCAACCGACGCAACAGUGUAGUGGAUGUAUAUAAAAAGGACAAUGACAAUGUGGUGGUAGGCAGUUUACUGUUUGGUAAGCAGGUGGAUGAUUUAGAGUUCAUGGUACACGAGGAGCAAGCUGUAUCCGAUUCAAAAAGCGAAAAACUAUCACCAAAGCCCAAGAAGGAAGAGCCCUGGAUACGUCAAAGAGCAAAAUCGUGUCAGGAAAAUAAGACGCCCAUGCUGCGUCAACUAGCCACUAAAAAUUCAUCGUGCAAUUUACCCGAAUCUGACAGUAUACCAUAUAAAUCAAGCAAACCCAUCAAGUCUGAUCUGCCUUUAUUCAAGGGGCUGGUCACUACCACAUUGACAACAUUACAUACCCGGCUAAGCAACGAAUGCGAUCGAGCACUUUCAUUGGUGCUAUUAGCCAACAGCAACAAUAACAAUGCCGAUAUACAACAAGCAAACAAAAAUAUACCACAAGAGCAGCUAUUGUCCAUUUUAUCUGAUCUGCGCAAAAUGACAGAAAUGGUCAACUGGGAUCAGCAGCCCGUCGACAAGGACGAGAUCAAAUCGAAUUUGCAGACAUUGGAGGACACGGUGUCCAUGCAGGAAAUGACGAUUGCUAUUGUCAAGGAUGUUGUGUCCACCAUGAAGCAGAUCAUGAAUCAGUGUAUAUGUCAAUACUACAAGGUGGUCGAAAAAGCCAUUGUCAUACCUUCCAAGGGGUACAAGAUUGAAGGGAUCAACAAGUACGGAUCGACAAACUCGGCAUUGAUGGUUCGAGAUGAGGCGGUGGAUUAUUCUAAGGCACUGAUUGAUCACAAAGACACAGAGGCACAUUGGUACAGAACUUUUUUCCGUCCGGACGACGACACCAACGAGAUACACACAUUUUUCGGCUACUACAAGAGUGGUGAUCCGGUCCUGAUAUCGAUACAGGUGGAGCAGGAGCAGGGAUCAGACAAGCGACAAUACCGAAUCAUCCACCGCACCAAAGAAGCGAUGGAUCAAAGAAAAAUAAUCCAAGAUUCAUUCCUCUUGAGUGCGCCAACGACGUCUGACAUAGCAUCACCACCUGCCGCCGCUGCUACCACGAUCCAAGAGUCCACUUGGAAAACCAUCAUAGAAACAACGGUGCCUGACAUUUCAUUUCAGGAUUUGGUAAGAAUGAGCAAAGAUCAGCUGCUAUCCAGUGGCAUACAUGAAGAAUUAGUGCGAUUAGACGAAACAUCGCUGCACACACGGUACAAAUUUGGCGUACUACUGAUCCAGCCGGGCCAAACAAAGGAAGAAGAUUGGUUUUCCAAUCAGCACACAGACGAGCUGGAAGCAUUUCUCAACAUCAUUGGUAGAAAAGUGGCAUUGAAAGGAUACACUGGCUGGGCAGCAGGGUUAGAUACCAAAAGUGGUGAUUCCGGAGAAUACACAUAUACAAAUGCUUGGAAUGAAAACAUACUUGCCUAUCAUGUAUCCACUUUGAUACCCUCUAAACCUGGUGACAAACAACAAAUCCAGAGAAAGCGACAUAUAGGCAAUGACAUUGUUUGCAUUGUCUUUGUCCAGGGCAAUCAGCCAUUCAACCCAACCGCCAUCAAAUCCCAGUUUCUACAUGUAUUUAUCAUUGUGCACCAAGAGACCAUCAUGGCUCAAGUUGUGUAUCGAGUGGAAAUUGUGUCUGUGCAAGACGUCCCUGAUUUCGGACCACCGCUACCAGAGAAAUCGGCCAUUUUCAACAAUAAGAAAGAAUUGGAACAAUUUCUGAUUGCUAAAUUGGUGAAUGCCGAGUAUGCAGCAUUCAAAUCACCCAAGUUUGCAGUGCCAAUGAACCGCGCUCGAGAGGGCAUCUUUACCAACCUGGUGGAGAAGGGGUACAAGCUCGCUCUGGAAGAGAUGCAAACGGAAGAGAGUGUACAUGUCCGAAAGCACUCCAAAUCAGCGUCCAGUUCCUCCUCGCAAAGCAGUUUCAACAGUAUCCCAAGUCCAUCCAAGUCCACCAUCAUCCGCGAGAUUUCAGAGAACAUUGUUGGCUUGGGCCGAAGAAGAAGUACCCAAGACUUGAAUGAUAGACCCAAAUCCACAGGCAGCAAUAGCAUGAAACAUUUUCAAAAAGGAUCAAGAAAGUUUACUGAAGGAUCCAAACGGAGUCAUUCGGAGCAGGAUCUCUUGGAUAUGACAAUAGCUGGAUCAAACGAAACGCCAGCGACAAAGACGAGUUUCAAGAAUCGUAUAUUGACGUCCAUUCCUGGGUUUGGCAGUAGUAGUAGCACGGGUGCCAAUCAUCAUCACCAACAGCAACAACAACAACAACAACAAAUGAUGGAAAAUGAUAAAUAA